AUGGUGACAAAUUGCCAUGCAUGCCAGAAAUACCAGCGUUCUCAACAGCGUGAACCAAUGAUCAGUAUGGAAGUUCCACCACGUCCAUGGCACACCCUUGGAGCUGACCUCUUCCACCACGACAAGGUCUGGUACCUGAUCAUCGCGGAUUAUUACUCCAAAUUUCCGUUUAUCCGCAAACUUGACAAUCUCACUGCAAGCACGAUCACAAGAGUUUCACGUGUGCUCUUUGCCGAACAAGGCAUCCCAGAGGUUAUCGUAUGUGACAAUGGCACGCAGUUCACCUCUUCCCAAUUCCGAGCCCUAGCACAGCAGUACGGAUUUCGGAUCCAAACUUCUUCACCCUACUACCCCAGAGGUCAUGGAUUUAUUGAAAGACAUAUCCAAACAGUGAAGAGAAUCCUCACCAAAUGCAGAGAGUCAGGGGACGAUCCCAACUUAGCCCUCCUAACUCUCCGUGCAACUCCACUCAAGUCAAACCUUGCAUCCCCUGCUGAGCUACUGAACAGAAGAAAGUACAAGACGACACUACCUUCAGUACAUCACCCCCCACCAGAUCGUGACGAUGUGCGAGAUAUACUGCAGGCAGACCAGUCUUCGCAAACGCAAUACUACAACAGACGCUCUACCAGUACCCCUAUCCAAGAACUCCUCAACGACCAACCCAUCUACAUCCAAAAUCCGAGUAACAAAACCUGGAGCCAAGGUAGAGUUAUGAGCAAAUCAACUACUCCUCGAUCCUACAAUGUGGAAACGGAAAGUGGAAGUCAGCUCAGACGAAACAGGGUUCAUCUGCGACCAGCUCCCCUGAGUUUUACCAGACCAACUCCUGUUCGCAAUGCUCCUUCACAACCCCAGAGCAGACCGCUUUCUAACCGCCCCUCAGGAACACCGACAGUGACGCGAUCAGGCAGGAGAGUGAACAAGCCAAACAGACUUGAUUUGUAA